AAAAAAAAGUUAAACCAAAACAAGGCAAGUGGAGUUUUCCGCCGUUGAUGUUCGCGCUUGCUAGAAUUGUGUUAAAAAGGAUUGUUUAUUUACAGGAAUGUAACAAUUCCUGGAGUUUUUGUGUACAUUUUGCAACUAAGUAUGGAACAUAUUUCAUCCAGUGCAUUUAAAAGUAGUGAAGAUACUUCAAAAUCUGGAAAUUUACACUUUAGUAUGGACUAUGAUAGUGGCUACAUUUCUCACCACCAUGAAUCAAAUUUAGACUCCUCAUUAGAUUCUAAUGACAAAAUAAUAAAUACCAUGAAUAGAAGACCGAUAUAUUUAAGCGAGGAUGCCUUAUUGGAGACACCACAAGUUCAUAAGUAUUCCAAUAUUAGCUUAGAAAUCGAAAAAGAAGAUUUCGAGGAAACAAGACAUGUUUUUAGUUCUCCUUUUCUUAAUAACUCUUCAAAUGAGAUAUCUACUUCGGUUGCAAGUAGAGAUAUAAGUUAUUCUGGAUUCGAAACAGACCAAACGAAUGUGUCUGCUGAGGUUCCAGUUUGUAAAAAAAUAGUAGUAGAUAAGGCUAGUGUUCAAAACACGAAAACUAUGUACAGUUCACCCGAUCUUAACGAUAUAAAAAGAGAAAUGAUAAGAGAUAUGCACCAUACAAAAAAUUCAGCAUUUAAUAACAUUACGAAUACGUUAUCCAGCGAGCAAAAGAAAAAACUAACCUUAGUCUUCUCAAAAGAUGGCAAAGAGAACUUCUUUAGUGUUAAGAGAAAGUAUCCUAGUUUAACUCCAGACAAAAGUAUAAACGAUAGCACUGGCUCAUUUCUUUUACCAACUCCAAAAAAAUUCGACAACAAUUCAAAAAUUGAAUCCGAACAUGAAUCUAUAAAUGAAACUACCUCGUUUACAUCAAGUUCUGAGUUAUCAGAGUCUGUAAGAAGCGAAAGUUUCUCCCAAGGCAAUGAAUUAGCUGAAAGUUAUAUGCAAGAAAGUUUAAGUGUGAUUUUGGAAAAUGAAAGUAACUUUACUCAGGAUAUUUCAUCUAAUAACGUUACAGAAAGUGAAUCUGUCUGCUUCGACUAUUCAAUGAGUGAAAGUAAAAGUGAGAAAUUGGUAGAAAAUGUUAAAAGUGGAAUAAUUGAAGAAGGAAAUAAUGUUAGGGACAAUGUGACUGAAAAUGUGGGUUUACAGACAUGUGAACCUAUAUCUAGUGAACAGGUAGAGCAGCCUACAGCUGAAUUUGGAGAACCUGUUCCGGUAGACACACAAUGUGAAGUAGAUAAAAGCAGAAAUAGUCCUCGGAAUGAUCUAGGUAGUGAUAGCAGUACAGAAUUUGCAGGUUUCGACAGCGAAAAUAAACUAAUAUCUUCAAAAGGCAAUAAUUGUUCAAAAGAAGAAAGUGACAAUGCUAACAAUGAGUCAUCUAAGAAUGAAAAUAAAGAUCUAUCAGAAACUACUUGUAGUAUGACUGAAGAUUCAAUCAACUUAAUAACAUCUGUGGUAACGGAAACUUUGGAACAUGUACUGAAGGAUGUGGACCAUUCGGAUAUUAAAGAUUUAAUCUUCAAAAAGGUCAAUGAGGCACUGGAAAUAUCAAAGAAUGAAACUCCCAGCUCCUCUAAGAGUAUCAGAGAAAGUCCUGUUGUAUAUAAAGAACCAAAAUCGUGGAGGAAACUUAGUACUAGUACUAUCCAAUCAGUAGCCUCCACGCCAGAUAAAUCUGGUACAAAUCCAAUCAAUUCGAGCCUUAGUCCUGAUUUGUUUUCUGAAGAUAUAGUUGAAGAGAAAUCGCAAGAACCUAGUCAGCCUGUUGUGUCCCCUCCUAGAGAGAAGAAUGUGGUCAAAAAGGAUUAUAUGCUGUUAAGAAGAACUCAGAAUAACUUGAAGGGAGUCUUGCCUCCAAGAAGUGUAACUGUUACUCAGUUUUCUGUUGCUGAUAUGUUAGAAAAACUUAAAACGAAUAAGAAGUAUUUUUGGAACAAUUCUACUGCAGUAGCAUCAAAACCAGCUAGUCAGUCACAUUCAUUGCUUAUUACAUGCUCUGAGGAAGAGGCCAAGACAAAGGAGUUUAAAGAUGUUUUAAUGGAUAGAUGUUUAGGAUUGCACCACAAUCGCAGCAGAUUCUCCGAAAAGUUCGAGGACCUCUGCGGAAGAUAUGGUUCAAGAUACGUCGGUGCUGAAACGCAAUCAUCAUGUACAGUUUUCGAAACACACGUAACCAGUCCGAUGAAACGACGAAAUAUCAAACCGCAAUGGAACACCAAAUCUCCAGGAAAACGACUGAGCCACUUGGCCAGGAGGAAAAUCACCUUUUCCAGUGCCAACCUUCAGUCAGGAAAUUCGUUUUUGGCCGGAUCUAGGGCCCGGCAAAUUUUGGUCGAUGCUAAAAAAAUGGAUUUGCUGAGCCGAAGGAAAAGUCCAAGGAAAUCGCCGAGAAAAACUCCUAGAAAGACACCCGGAAAAAGUCCCAGGAUCAAAACUCGUACGCCAAGCAGUUCAGCUAAAAAGAAGCUCGCGAUGAGGUUCAGGAAAGUUACAGGAGAAAUUGAAAAAUCAAGUACUAAAACUUCUUCAGACGGGUCUUUAUGUGCAAAACGAACGCUUUUUCAUAGUCCAGAUGAAGAUAAGAAGUUGUUGACCAGGCUGUUACCUAGUACAUCCGGAUCAUCUUUAGCCAACGAAAUCAAAAGAUCCACCACAAAACGGGCACUUUUCAUGUCCCCUAGUAAAAGUUCUCCCUUGAAAAAUAUGGGAUUCAAACGUUCGCCGAUUAAACGACUUGAUUUUGGCCACGAAAAGAAGAGGAAACGCGACGAUUCCAUCGACGGGGAGCCGUCCAAAUUCGCCAGACGCGACUCCAGUUAUUCUGAAAAUAUGCCCUUGUCGACUCUGGCCGAUGUUAGAACGUUAAGCACCCGUACUAAAAGUGAUUUGAACGUAUCUCAGAAUAGACAGAUUAGGGAGUUAACUACUAACCACAAGAAGAAACUUCAAUUAGCGAUAUACGAAGCUCUUCGCUCCCAGAACGUACUGCCUACACACCCGCAAUUCAAAGUUUUUGCCGCAAAUUUGGGUAGAUUGACGAAACAACUCUUCCUAAUGACCACAACCGAUUGCAUCGGCGUCACAGAGAAGAUGUUGCGAAUUGCCCGCCACCACGUCAUCGCCGUGGUGAAGGGCAGGAGCCCAGAAGAAAUCUACGAGGAGUUCAUGAAGAACAAAGCGAGAAAUUUGAAGCCCCAAGGGUACGUCGCCCCCGAGAAACCUCAGACAGAGAAGAAGGAGGCAGAACGGAGGCCGUUUCCGGGGAAAAGUAAUUUUAAUAGUGAAAGUAAGGUCGAUCGUAUCAGGAAAGCUUUUAACUUUGGAGAUGACGACAAUAGAUAAAUCGAUCAGCAGCUCAGGUAAUAAUAAGUUAAAUAUAAAAGAGUGUAAUUUAUAAUAUAUUGUUCAAUAAACGUUAGAAAAGCAA